CCCGUCCUUCCCCCACCCCCCACCUCACUCCAUUUGCUCCAAAACCAUGGUGGUGUGGAUGGACUCUCGCAUAUCCCCCUCUGCUGCCGCCGCCGCCGCGGCGCGCCGCCUCGUCGGCUGCGGCGGCGGCGCUGCUCCGGGUCUCGGGUUCGGGGAGGGGGAGGCGAUGGGGAAGCGGUUGGGUUCGGUGAAGUGUCGGAACAAGCGGGGCGGAAUUAAUGGCAGUGUAGGUGUUCGACGAGGGUUCUCUGUGAGAAUGGCGGCGGCUACGACGGAUGUGGCCGUGGGGUUUAAGUUUGAGGAUUUGGAUUUGGAGAAGAGGAAUCCGAGGACGGUGUUGGCGGUUAUUCUCGGGGGAGGGGCGGGGACUCGUCUCUUUCCUCUCACCAGGAGAAGGGCUAAACCAGCUGUGCCCAUAGGCGGUGCAUAUCGGUUAAUUGAUGUGCCAAUGAGCAACUGCAUAAAUAGCGGCAUCAAUAAAGUGUAUAUUCUCACCCAAUUCAAUUCUGCAUCCCUAAACCGACAUCUCGCUCGGGCUUACAGCUUCACCAAUGGUGUGGGCUUUGGAGAUGGAUUUGUCGAGGUGCUCGCUGCUACCCAAACACCUGGAGAGGAAGGAAAAAAAUGGUUUCAGGGUACUGCGGAUGCAGUUCGUCAGUUCCAUUGGCUUUUUGAGGAUGCCAAAGGUAAGAAGAUAGAAGAUGUUCUCAUUCUUUCUGGUGAUCAUCUUUACCGUAUGGAUUAUAUGGACUUUGUUCAGAGUCACCGACAAAGUGGUGCUGAUAUUACCCUUUCAUGUCUACCAAUGGACGACAGUCGUGCUUCUGAUUUUGGCUUAAUAAAGAUAGAUAAUAAGGGAAGAAUCAUUUCAUUUAGUGAAAAACCAAAGGGAGGUGACUUGAAAGCAAUGCAAGUCGACACCACUGUCCUAGGCCUGUCACAAGAUGAAGCAGUAAAGAAACCAUAUAUUGCAUCAAUGGGAGUUUAUCUGUUUAAGAAAGAGCUACUUUUGAAUCUUCUAAGAUGGCGGUUUCCUACUGCAAAUGACUUUGGAUCAGAAAUAAUUCCAGCUUGUGCAAAAGAGUUCUUCAUCCAGGCAUAUCUUUUCAAUGAUUACUGGGAGGACAUCGGGACUAUUAAAUCUUUUUUCGAAGCAAAUCUUGCCCUUACUGCUCAUCCGCCAAGCUUCAGCUUUUAUGAUGCCACAAAACCGAUGUACACAUCACAAAGAAACUUACCUCCAACAAUGAUGAACAAUGGCAAGAUUGUUGAUUCGAUUGUGUCGCAUGGGUGUUUCAUUUCGGACUGCUUCAUAGAGCACAGUGUAGUUGGAGUCCGCUCUCGAAUAAGCUCCAAUGUGCACUUAAAGGACACGGUGAUGCUGGGUGCUGACUUUUAUGAAACGGAAGCAGAAAUAGCAUCUUUGGUAGCUGAAGGGAGGGUUCCUGUUGGAAUCGGUGAGAACGCAAAGAUAAGGAAUUGCAUUAUAGACAAGAAUGCAAGGAUAGGAAAGAAUGUGAUUAUUGCAAACUCAGAGGGCAUACAAGAGGCUGACAGAUCUGCCGAAGGAUUUUAUAUACGAUCUGGCAUCACCAUCAUACUAAAGAACUCCACCAUUGAAGAUGGAUUUACGAUAUAAAUAAAUUUCCUCAAUUGAUCCUGAAGACCAACAUGUGAUUGGUGAGCAAUCAUUUCCUUAUUUAGUCCGCUACAAUAAGAAUGUAGAUAACAUGCAUCUUCGUCGCAGGAGUUCAUUUGAUUUAUAUAUGAAUAGUCAAAAGUGCUGUGAUUAUCCUCAAGUUCUCUUGUAGGAACUUUAUUAGUAUUGUAAUCUUAUGGAAAGUAUAGGAGUAAUAAUUACGAUGCUGGGGCUUCGCAGCGUCAAACGAUGAUAUUGGUAUCCUUCGUUCCUUCAAUAAAUGAGUUACUUGUGAUAUUGGUA